CUUCUAUAUUCAUUCGUAAUAUAUCUGCCUUAGCACAAUACACUGCUGUGAUACCGUAACAUUCAGUACAAUACAUAAAAUAACUGUACCUCCACAAAUUAGCGCGCGCUCACGUGAUUUCCCCUACCAAAUCUAGACACAGCCAGAGCUUUAUAUCAACCAGCGCUCCGUAUCCCUUGAACUCGAGGGAUGAGAUAUACGGUACCCUCGUAGGUACUAGGCGGUAACCAUACAAAGGACAGCUGUGAGAGAGCAACUGUCCCUACUUUUUUAGGAUGGUUGACGAUGGAUCAAAGCGCGCGGAACGGCCGUCCUCCUCUCCUCAAGCCCCCCCUCCACCACUAGACUUCAUGGACGUCGUGUCUCCAGCUCUGCAAAUUGGCAGCUUAACCGGCGUAUCCGGCCUCCUCUUCGGCGCAGUCGGUGGAGUCCUCAGAUCAACAACACCCACCAUCUUCGCCCUAGCAUCAGGCCUCCAAUGGUUCACCCUGGGCUCAACAUUCUGGGCAACCCGAACAAUACUCCUUCACGAACUCCGUGCCGAAACCGGGGAAUCCGCGCGCAAAAUCUCCGCCAGCGCUAUCGCCGGCGGCGUCAGCGGCGGGAUUGGUGGGCUCUUAAGAAGCAGAAAAAAUGUCAUCCCCGGCUCCCUAAUCUUCGCCACCUUCGGCGCCCUCGGACAAGCAGCCUAUAACUACGCCGACGCGCGAGAGGGGCAAAAAGGCAGCGAUAAGGGUAAGGAGGAGGGGAAGGGGGGCUGGCUUAAUUCAAGAUGGAGUCCUGUGAAGGCGUUGUCGGAUGAGGAGUAUGGGCGGAUAUUGGAGGAGAGGUUGUUGAAGCUUGAUGCGGAGAUAACGUUGGUGAAUGAGAGUAUUGAGGCGGUUAAGAAGACAGUGAGUGCGACUGCUACGCCAACGGUGGCGGCGACGAAGGAGGGGAAGGGGAAGAAAUGAGAUGGGGGACCAAUAACAGGCGAUGUGUCUGAAGAGCGCCUGAUGGAGAAUAUGUAUGAUAUUACGAAGUGGAAGGGGGCGCGAAGGAGAUUUGUAUCAUAGUACUCAAACCUCACACCAGGAUAAAUAUAGAGGGUUGUAUCAUAGUAGACAAAACCAUCAUAUCAGGAUAAUUAUACUCUGAAUUUGCCAUAGAAACAC